AUGUCUUUUAAAAAUAUUCUUGACAAAGCUAAAGCUAAGGGAGAAGCCUUUGCUGCUCAACACAAUUUUUCUAUCCCCGGUCAAUCCACAACGCACACACCCCCACCACCACAACCCGCACCACCAGGAUACUAUCCUCAAGUUCAACCUCAUCACAAUGCAGGCGCACCUCCUCCGAUUCCUCAGAAUAGACCAUCCUAUUCUGCGAUUCAUCCUUAUUGGACACCUUCUUUCGCUCCCCACACACACGUUUCCGACAAUUUCAGACAUCAGCUAGGCGAUCAUGGCUGGGGAAACAAUGAACUGCAAAAUUACGUCGCAGACCGAGAAAACUCGUUCCACGACGAAAACGGCCAUUUGAUCCUCCGAGCCAUUGCCUCUAACGGUAGAUUUACAAGCGCACGCUUAACCAGCCAUAUGACACUAGCCCGAGAUCGCGGCAGUCUCGUAGCAACUAUUACACCACCCUGUGCCUCUGGAAUCUGGCCGGCUUUCUGGCUCCUCCCGCGUGAACCUUUUACAUGGCCAAAUGAUGGAGAGAUAGAUAUUAUGGAGACGUGGAACGGGGAUGCGACGAAUCACACCUGCUUGCAUUGGGGUCAUUUUAAUGGGGAGGAUUGGAAUAAACAUAGGGUUGUGGAAACACCGGUGCAUAAGAUGCAUCAUGCACAACACACAUAUGAGUUUGCGUGGAACCAACCCGAGAAUGGUGUAGGAGGAAAGAUGGUCUGGUAUAUCGAUGGGAAGGUCGUUAUGAAAGCGACGGUGCCAGAGGGAACGAGGAGGCUGAAUGAUUUUCAGGUUAUCAUAAAUGUAGCGAUGGGCGGAAACGUUUGCCAGGGACAAAGACCGCAAGAUGGGCAUUAUGACUUGAGGAUUCAUAGUCUGAAGAUGUGUGAUGAGCCGACAGGUGGGUGGGGAAGGUUUGAAAAUGACUUCAUGCAUGGGCCGGAAGGACAUGCGAUGUGA